AUGGCCAGCCUCCAGGAUAUCAUGAAUGUCGAUGAGGACCAACUCGACUCCCACACCAAUAAGAAGGACCAGCUCCCAACCUCAUCAAGCAUAUAUCACCAACCAUAUCUAGCACCCAGCCCAACAUACAACUCGGGUUAUGCGACAGGCGGAGACCAAGCAGACAGUUCAGUAACGAAGAAACGAAGUCCCCCAACACGCAUCACAAAGUCCUCUACCGGUUCGUCGUCUUCGUCCGGCCGACCAUCAACAUCUCGUCGACGAAGCAACGUUAGCCCUGAAAACAUGGACCCUUCGCAUUAUGGAUACGGCUAUGGUGGGCCGUCUGGAGGCCACGAUACUUCCGGCGCGCCCUCUAGACCCUUCAGCAACACGCCUCCCGGCUCGGAUAUGCCAGUAAAGUUGACACCGAUCACUGGGCGGGUUAGUCGCGCGAAAAAGGGUAUGAAGGUUCACACUUGUGAUAUCUGCCGCCCUCCCAAGACCUUUACGCGUGCCGAACACUUGAGGCGACACCAACUUAGUCACGAAACUCCCCAGUACGCGUGCUCUGUGCCAGGUUGCGACAGGGCGUUUCACCGCAAGGAUCUUCUUGAGCGCCAUCAGCAACGACAUGAACUGGAGGGCGACAAGGCGUCAAGAAGCGGAGGCGCAAGUCAGAGCCGACGGACCUCUGCCGGCUCUCUGGAAAGCGGCGUUCGUGGCAUGGGGCUCCAGCAUCCCGUCCUCGGGUACCCACCGAACGCGUCAACCCCGACCCAAAGUCUCCCGAUGACGCCGAGCAUGUCGAAUCCCGGCGGCUACCAACCGAUGAACGCGCCUGACGUGAGCAAGUCAAUGUCUCCUCACAUGGGCAACGAAUAUCGCCCUUCGUCCGGAGGUCCUAGUUACGGUGGAGGAUACACCUUGUCCGGUCAAUCCCAACCAGCCAUUCUUCAACACUCACCUAAUCACGGCUACGAUACCACUCCAUCGUUUGGCGCUGUCGACUACAGCCAACCUCGAACGACGCCUGAAUUUCCUUCCCUGUAUCUGCAGACCCAUGGACUUGGUAUUCAGAUGCCUGGUGGCCCUGACGGACUGCCCGACCUCUCCCACGCACAGGACAACGCCGGAUGGCCAUCGUCGGCUUCCGAUAGCACGUACUCAACGCCUUCCGACAACUCUCGCCCCCGUGCGCUCUGGCCGACGGCAAGGGCCAAUACCGAGUGGUCAAGCAACCUUCUGCCACCUUACAGGGAUGCCAGCCUCGACAUUACGAAUCCCAUGUUCUACCAGUUCCCGACUUCGCCCCAUAUCAGCACGCCUCAAGUCUACCCUUCGGUCGACGUCUCGAUUUCUGGAUACUCUGACGAGCAGACGCUCCUCGAUCCUCACCAACAACCCCGGUUUACCAAUACUGUUCGUAGCCCGACCCCGCCGGUGACGUCGGCAUCGGCUCAAUCUUCUGAAACUCUAGUCACCCCGUCGACGGCACUACCAUCAGACCGGAUGAUGAACUCCCUCGCUUGCCUGGGCCGUCAGAAAGAGGUGGCGUUGGGCCUCCUGGCGGCCCCAGCCCUGAUGCAAGGCUCUGUGCCUCUGCCUCCUGCGAAUGUCUGCAAAGCCGUCCCCAACUACCUCGAGGUCUACUGGGAGAAAGUGCAUCACAUCUUCCCAGUCGUACACAGAAGGACCUUUGAGGCCGCAGCGGAGCAGAUUGAUGUGCUCCGUUGCGCCAUGGCUGCAGUCGCUACUCAGUACAUGAGUACUAAGGAGGACCGCAUCAGGGGGAAUCAAUUGCAUGAAUACGCCUGGCAACAAUGCAGACGCUUCCUUCAAUGGGAUGUGCCUGUCAUGCAAUCGAUUUUGCUAUGUGAGUUCUUCGCUCGUUUCCGCGGGAGACGAGCGGCCAUCCGGCCAUCCAAAGAAUUCGAGUCCAUCUACUCUAGGGUCUCCGACAACUCUGUCAUCUUCGCCACAGUCCCCAUGUCCGGGCCGAACACAGUCAGAUGGCACACCUGGCUCGACACCGAAACCCGCCGCCGCCUCCUGGCCGCCUGCUUCGUUCUGGAUACCCACUGCUCCGUCUACCUGGAACAACAACGUGUCCGCGACUACGACAUUGCCGCCGACGGCGUUCCUUACAUCCCUCUCAUCGGCCCUUCCAACGACCUAUGGGAAGCCCCCAGCGCCGAGGCCUGGGCUGCAGCCGUUGCCGCAAAGACGGACUCCAGCGACGACCAAUCCCUCCUUUCCCUCAUCAAUCCAGACACCCUCUCCGCCACGAGCAUCAACUCACACCUCCCCUUCGACCGCGCCGUUAUCCUCGCCUUCGAGACCCUGUUCCUCCCCGCUCGCGACGACGCCACCAAGCUCUCCCACUCAGAGACCGAAAUUGCGGAACCAGAGACCUACCGUAUGGCAAACAUCUUCCCAGACUGCCCCGUCGCAAACACCUAUCUUGCCCUCGCCCACACCCCACUCCACGACCUCCUCGCAGUCUCGGGCGACAGCUGGAUCUUUAGCCAAAAGGUCCUCCAGCCAAAGUCCUUUGCGGACCACCAGAAGCGCCUCGCAAAGUGGUGCGACUCAGGCGACGCCGCUGUUGCCGUCGUCUUUGCCUGCCGUGCUCUCCGGGCCUUCACGGAGCAUGGCAACUCGGAGCAUGACCUCGAUGAGGACGAUGAGAUGGAUAUCUGGGAGAUGGGCCGCCCGAGAAUGUGGAAGGACGACAUCUCGGACUACUGGGGCAUGUACGUCUGCGCCCUCGUCUGCUGGGCCUACGGACACCGCACCACCCCGCGCGAGAACGCGGGCGAGGGGGACGAGAGCGCCGCGCUUAGGUGGAUUCGCACCGUGGCCAGCAUGCGCGCCAGGGACGUUCUCAAGCUGCGCUCCAAGAAGGAUGCCAUCGCCACUGUGGGCCUGGUCAGGCGCUGGCUUGACAUGGACUGCAUCGGCGGACGAAGCCGCUUGUACGUUGACGCAGUCGGCGUGUUGAAGAAGCUGGAGGAGGGUGUCAACUGGAAGUGCUUCUGA